AUGACCUGUCUUCCAAUGUGCCAACAGAACACAAGCCUCAUCAAUACCAGGAAGAAGCUGGAAGCAGACAUGUCUCAGUUGCAGAGUGAAGUUGAUCAUACCAUCCAGGAGGCGAGAAAUGCAGAGGAGAAAGCCAAGAAAGAAAUUACAGAUGUGGCCCUGAUGGUGGAGGAGCUGAAGAAGGAGCAGGACACCAGUGCCCACCUGGAGAGGAUGAAGAAAAACCUGGAUCAGACGGUGAAGGACCUGCAGCUCCGUCUGAAUGAGGCAGAGCAGCUGGCAUUGAAGGGUGGCAAGAUGCAAAUCCAGGAACUGAAGGUCAGAGUUCAGGAGCUGGAAAAUGAGCUUGAUGCUGAGCAGAAGCGAGGCAUAGAGGCCAUUAAAGGAGUACGCAAAUACAAAAGAAGGCUCAAGGAAAUCACUUACCAGUCUGAAGAAGACAAGAAGAAUAUUGUCCGGCUCCAGGACUUGGUACACAAACUGCAGCUGAAAGUGAAAUCCUACAAGAGACAAGCUGAGGAGGCCGAGGAGCAGGCCAACACCCAUCUGUCGUGGUGUCAUAAGGCCCAGCACGAGUUGGAGGAGGCUGAAGAAUGA